AAUCUUCCUCCGGAGCAAUAACAGAGAAGCACAGCCUGCUCGCGUAUAUCCGGCCAGCUCAGCGCGUUUGGGUCGCUGAAACGCGCAGAAAUCUGAGAGAAACGCCGCAGAAACAGCGACUGAACAGAGAAACGCCGCAAACAUGGUGCUGCUGACUAUGAUCGCUCGGUUGGCGGAUGGGUUGCCGCUCGCUGCGUCCAUGCAAGAAGACGAACAGGGAAAUGAAAAGAUGGGGCGGGACCUGCAGCAGUAUCAAAGCCAGGCCAAACAGCUGUUCCGGAAGCUUAAUGAACAGAGUCCCACCCGCUGCACCUUGGAGGCUGGAACUAUGGCCUUCCACUACGUCAUAGAGAAAGGGGUGUGCUACCUGGUGCUGUGUGAAGCGGGAUUCCCCAAAAAGCUGGCCUUCGCUUACUUAGAAGACCUACAAGCAGAAUUUCACGAACAGCACGGGAAGAAAGUGCCCACUGUGUCCAGACCAUAUUCCUUCAUCGAGUUUGACACGUACAUUCAGAAAACGAAGAAGUCUUACAUCGACAGCAGAGCGCGCAGGAACCUCAGCAACAUCAACACGGAGCUGCAGGACGUGCAGAGGAUCAUGGUGGCCAACAUCGAGGAGGUUCUGCAGAGAGGAGAGGCUUUAUCCGCUUUGGACUCGAAGGCCAGCAACCUGUCCAGCCUGUCCAAGAAGUACCGCAGCGACGCCAAAUACCUGAACACACGCUCCACCUACGCCAAGCUGGCAGCUGGCGGCGUCUUCUUCAUCAUGCUCAUCGUCUACAUACGCUUCUGGUGGCUGUGAGGAAGAGGAGGAGGGAGGAAGAGGGGAGGUGUGGCAGACUCUGAGGACGCAGCGGGCGUUCAGGAGGAAAGUGGACCCAGUCUUAGUCUUAGUCUGCAUGGAAACGCUCCUCCCUUCCUUCAAAGACUGUUCAAUCCGGCACUUUCUCUCCCCGCAGCCCGUAGGUUAAACUACGAGAUUAUGGGCCAGUUUCCUGGACAUGUGUUGAGCCCAGACUUGGGCUCAGUUGUAAUGUGAGUGGUGAUUCACCUUUGAAAAUCCUGUUUAGUCUAGGUUUAGGGUUAACUGUGGUCUGGGAAACUGGCCCUAUAUGAUUUAUUAAUGUUCUAUGUUUUAUUAACAACUGCUGUUUGUGUUUUCUUUGAGUGAGUGAGUGAGUGAGAGAGAAAGAGAGAAAUUUGCUCCUAUGUAUUCACAAACUCGUUCGAGGAAUCCGCCCAGUCAUUGUGACCUGAACCUUGCAUUCAGUAGAGCCCCCUCUAGUGGACAAAUGAAAUCACUCACUGACAUAUUUCACCGUGUUUCACAAUCCGUCUCAGAGGAGCCGAAGGGCGAUGAAGUCACUGGGUGGUUUCAUCAACAAAAUUUGUGACUCUCUCUGGAUUUUUGUACAGAGUGAGUCACACAUUUGACAACUCAUUCACUCGUUCACUCAUUUACUCACUCACUCACUCCCUCACUCCCUCCCUCACUCACUCACUGGGCCUCUGACGGGAGUGUUUGCAGUUUUACCGCUCCAAGUUCACGUCUGUCUGGCCGUCUGUUCGGCAGAUAACGUUCAGACAUGCCCAUAGGUUCAUGUGACAUCAAGGUGAGGUCUAAAAGGAAAAAAAUAGCGAGAACUCUUGGCUUACUGUUGCCCUCGGUGACAAUAAAGCGGUUCAAAGUUUGA